CAUAUAUACACAGCGGGUUGCUCUAUCGGAACAAUAGUUUCUCAGUCUUCAGACAGAACGAGUCAUCAUGAGGGCGUUUCUCUUGUUGGUAGUCGUGAUGGGCGCCGUCGUUGCGGACGAAGCAGUGAACGUGGCGAAGCCCGUCGUGAUGGAUGAGAAAGGUCAAGAGGUCAAAGCGGAAGGGAAGACGGUUGAAGCCAAGGCAGAGGGGAAGGAGGUGGACCUCGGCUCCAGGACUGCGGUCGGCGACAUCGGCGAAAGGAGCGCCGUCCCGGCAGCGCCCAUCUACCCGUAUCCAUACUCGACGUACUACUGGCCGUAUGUGGCUCUCGCGGCGCCUUCGCAAGUGGCGCGCUCGGACGGUGAAGGCGUCGUCCCCGCAGCGCCCUACUACUACCCGUAUGCCUACACGUAUCCCUACUACACGUACCCGUACGCACCUGUGGUGGCGGCAGCACCGGCACCUGCACCAGCACCACCUGUUGGAGCCUCCGUGUACUACGGCAACUGGCAGUAGCCCAAGCCCUGCCCGCAAUCUCUGGCCUCGUCAAGGCACUCGCCAUUCCUGUAUGUCUCUUGCAGGUCAAACUGUGUGGAAAUGAUUCACUUAUAAUUACUUGUCUACCUCAUGUUACCUACAUCUGCUGUAACACUUCUUCUUUCACGCACAGUAUUUAUACCAUCACAAACAUUAAUACUUGUGUGCAGGAAGUGAAAUUAGAAAACGAUCAAUAAAUGUUCAAAGAGUAUUUUUCUCAA